UGGACAUCAAGUUUAGCAUCAAAGACUUGGGAAAAUUAAAAUAUUUCCUUGGCAUUGAAGUUGCACGUUCUCCGGAAGGAUUUGUCCUAAGUCAGCGAAAAUACACUCUUGACAUCUUGGAGGAAUGUGGUUUCUUAGCCAGUCGACCUAGUUCAUUUCCCAUGGAGCAAAAUCUAAAACUUUGUCCCGACGAUGAUAGUCCACAUGUGGAUGCUUCUUCCUAUAGGCGACUGAUUGGUCGUCUGCUAUACCUUACAGUCACUCGGCCAGAUAUUGUUUACUCUGUCAGUCAGCUCAGUCAAUUUCUCC